UCAUUUUUCGUUUCAAUGUGCUGUCAUUGAUAUACCUCCUCCUCCUGCUGAUAGCCCCAGUUGUUCCAAGUCCCUCACCCACCAAUAUUAUCUCAGGUCACACUGGACGUUACAUCAAAGCUGUCGUCAGUCUUAGUUGUAUUAGUUGUUUAGCACACAUAAUCUUUCAAGUUGUCUUAUUAAGCCUUGGAGAUUAUGGAAAGUUUCCAGUACAGUGCACAUGGGAGGGAAGGCUGUUUGCUCUAUUUGGACUACAUAGAUUAGAUAAAAUCCAUCCCGUGGAUGCCAUGCGUCUCAUUGGUCUGGACUUCCUCGUACUUCUGGCUACAGUGGGAGUUUUGAUUACCUGUCAGAAAGCAUUCGAUGCCACUCCAAUCCCUUGUGAAGGAGAAGGUGAACAUGACCAGCUUCAGGAGUUUCCUGUCAAGAAGAAAAGAAAACGUUCUUCCGAGUUCCUAAUUUUCAUUGGAGAACUUCUCUUCCUCAUAUUUCUGGCCGGAGCUGGAGUUCUCCACCCUUCACUCAUUUCAUCCAUGUACUUCCUCAUAUUUCUGUUCAUCGCUACCUGGUUGGCGAGUGGCUGUAAGCUCGGCCGUACCUACAUCUUGGGAAGGAUAGCCCUGGCUGUUUACUCCGCUCUUUAUUUUAUUCUGCUAUACCUUUAUCAACUAGAUUAUGCUCAGGAGUUAGUUCAAGUGGAUAGUCUAAAAGCGAGGUUGCUGGGAUUGGUGGGGCUUGUGGAUUCUACAUGUACCAAUAAACACGAUAGUCGCAGUAUUGUCUAUCGACCAGAACAUUGGACUGCAUAUGUCCAACCUUUAAUUGUGUUGGGUCUCUACUGGCUUGUGUGUUAUCUCACUCGGUAUAGACUCUUUGAACCAGUGGUACAAGAGUCUGACAGAGGUUCACAGCAUGCAGUAGCCAGAAGUGACUCAAACAGAAGCUCUCAGCGCUCCUCUGCCAGCUUGUUAAGACGCAGACGGCGUAACAUGCAAGAAGGCAAUCAAAGCGAUCUUCAAGAAUCGACACCA